CCUCACUGACGGUUGGGCCCCACCGAGUCCACACCAGUUGCCUUGACCACUUCGAGGCGCAUGCCGAACCGGACGCCACCCGCGCCGCCGCUUCCGCCGCCGCCUGCUGAAGAGUAUGGCGGCCGCUCCUACCGCCGCUGCCACGCGACAAGCGGCGGCGGCGGCGUCAGCGUCAGCGGCGGCGGCGUGUUGCAUCAAAUACUCCGUCCACCACGCGCACCUCGCGGCCCUCCUCAACCCUUCCCCGCGCUCGCCACCGCUUCCGCUCCCCCUCCGCCGCCGCCACCUCCCACUCUCGCUACCCGCGGCCUCCCGCCUCGCCGCGUCCUUCCCGCCGCUCCCGCUCCUCGCCUGCCUCCUCCGCGCGGUCCGCCUCCUCCCGUCCCCGCCGCCACGCCCCUUCGACGCGCUCAUCAGGUCCUACGCUCCCCUCCCCUCCCGUGCCUCCCUCGCCGCCGCGGUGCUCGCGUUCGCCAGGUCGGCCGGGUACGCCCCCUCCGUGCCCACCUACAACGCCGUCCUCCUCGCGCUCUCCGACGCCUCUCUCCCCUCCGCGCGGCGCUUCCUCGAUUCCAUGCUCCGCGACGGCGUGGCGCCCAACGUGUACACAUACAACAUCCUCGUCCGCGCGCUGUGCGGGCGCGGACAUCGGGAGGCGCUCAACAUCGUGCGCGACAUGCGUGGCUCGGGGUGCGCGCCCAAUGCUGUGGCCUACAACACGCUCGUCGCGGCGUUCUGCAGAGCCGGGGAGGUGGAUGGCGCCGAGAGGCUGGUCCACAUGAUGCGGGAGGGCGGCUUGACGCCGAACCUUGUGACCUCCAACUCGGUGGUGAACGGACUUUGCAAAGCCGGGAGGAUGGAGGACGCACGCAAGGUGUUCGAUGAAAUGGUCAGUGAAGGGUUGGCGCCAGAUGGGGUCAGUUACAACACAUUGGUGUCUGGGUAUUGCAAGGAAGGGUGCUUGCAGGAGGCAUCAUCUGUUUUUGAAGAGAUGAUGCAGAAAGGAGUCUCACCAGAUGUGGUGACAUUUACAUCGCUGAUCCAUGCGAUGUGCAGGGCUGGGAACUUGGAGCGGGCAGUGGAAUUGUUGAGGCAGAUGAGAGAGAGGGGCAUCCGGAUGAAUGAGAUCACUUUCACAGCCCUGAUUGACGGGUUCUGCAAGAAGAGAUUCUUGGAUGAUGCAUUGCUUGCACUGAAGGAGAUGAGGGAAUGCGGGAUACAGCCUUCGUUGGUGUGUUACAGUGCGCUUAUAAAUGGCUAUUGCAUUGUAGGAAGAAUCGAUGAGGCAAGAGAAUUGGUACGUGAAAUGGAGGCUAAAGGAGUGAAACCUGAUGUUGUGACAUACAGUACGAUUCUCAGUGCAUACUGUAAGAGUGGCGAUACAGAUUCAGCGUUCCAAGUGAAUAAAAACAUGCUUGAAAAGGGUGUGUUUCCAGAUGCAAUCACCUACUCAUCACUCAUAAGGGGUCUUUGUGAGGAGAAAAGACUAAAUGAUGCGAAUGCGCUCUUUGAGAAUAUGAUUAAACUUCGCAUACAACCUGAUGAAUUUACAUAUACAUCACUUAUUGAUGGCCACUGCAAGGAGGGGAAUGUGGAGAAGGCUCUUUCUCUGCACGAUGAGAUGAUAAAGAUAGGAGUUCUCCCUGAUGUUGUGACAUACAGUGUGCUUAUUAAUGGUCUUAGUAAAUCAGCACGUACUAAGGAAGCGCAACGGUUGCUCUUCAAAUUGUAUCACGAAGAUCCAGUUCCAGCAAAUAUUAAGUAUGAUGCCUUGAUGCAUUGUUGUAGAAAAGCUGAGUUCAAGAGUGUGUUGGCUCUCUUGAAGGGAUUUUGCAUGAAAGGUUUAAUGGAUGAAGCUGAUAAAGUAUAUCAAUCCGUGUUGGACAGAAACUGGAAGCUUGAUGGGUCUGUGUAUGGUGUGCUUAUUCAUGGGCAUUGCAGGGGAGGAAAUGUUAUGAAGGCUCUCAGCUUCCAUAAACAACUGUUGCAGUGUGGUUUUGCUCCAAAUUCAACAAGCACAAUUUCCUUGAUCAGGGGUCUAUUUGAAAAGGGGAUGAUUUUGGAAGCAGAUAAAGUGACUCAGCAGUUGUUGAAUUGUUGUUCCCUAGCAGAUGCAGAAGCAUCAAAGGUUCUCAUUGACCUCAACAUGAAGGAAGGUAACGUGGAUGCAGUGGUAGAUAUGCGGCAUGACAUGGCAAGGAAUGGACUGCUUCCAAGUCCAAGAUGAGGGUGAUUCAGGUGUGGAAUACUGGAGACCUGAUGAUAUUGUCUGGAGCACUUUGCAUCUCAUAACUCACAGAGAAUUAGGAUCAGUGUUUUGUGGCAGGAUACUUUUCUGUCAUGAGUCGUGAUGUGCUCCAUAUUGAAGAGCUAAAAGAAGUUCUUUGGCCUCAUGCUGCAUGAUUAUGUGAAGAUGAAGAAUUUCAUGCCCAGAAGGAAAACACAGUUUAGAAGAAGCCAACUUUGAGAAAAGAAGCCAACAGCAAAACAGUAGUGGUUUGUAUCUGCCAUUGGGAGCAAAGCCCAUAUGUCACCAAACAGGAGAUUAUUGUUAUUUUCAGAGUGAGAAAUUCAUGGAAAAUGAGGAGCAUGAAGAAAAUGGAACAUCUGUGGCAAUUGAAGUAUACAGGCAGUUAGCACUUAUCAGUUGCAUCAAAUUGUAUACUGUCAGAUUUUGAGCUAGCCUUCCAUGUUCUCAACCUUCCUCAGCACAUCCGCCUCUCUGUCUGCUAUCCCCUUGGCCUCCUCUGGGGUGAACUGUGGUGGCAGGGUGCACGGUUCGAAGCUGGCGACAUGCCUCUCCAUAGAGUCCAUCAUGCAGUCCCGGUGUAGGCCCUGUGCAGGGCAUGCAAUGGACUCGGUGCAGAUCUCAACGGCCUUCUCUGGUACGGUGGGCUUGUACCUGAGCAACUUGGCAUACUCAGUGAGCAGGUGAAGCAUGUAGUCGUAGAUGUAGUCCAUGCUCAUCUCCUCCCUUACGAACCAGCUGCCCUGCUGGCCGAUGAGACGCACCUGCGUCGGGUGCUCGUUGCCUCAGUCGACGGCAAACUUGAUGGACUUGCAGACAUGCUCCUGGUUGAUGGGCCAGUAGUGCUUGCCGGCAACGAGCCCCCUAGACAGGAUGUCUUGGAACGGCGUCGUGAUGAACAGCACCGGAGCACCUGGGUGAAGACGCGGACAUUCCAUUCUUGGCCGUUGGAGGCGUUGCAUCUCAGGAGCUCGUGGCGAAUGCGGUAGCCUUCGGGGUUGCCCUUCCAGAACGCGUAGGGUUGCCUCUCCGGCCACCGCACGCGCUCGUUCUCCUGCCUCACCUCCAGCAUCUGCGUCCACGGCCGGAUGCCCACCUCCGGCCAUCCCCAGAAGGACCAGUCCGGGAACACGAUGUCGAGCGUGGACGCGUCCUUGCAGUACCGGAACACGGGCGGCGCCUGCGACGGCGUCGGGAAGUCGGCGGCGCGCACCUGGCCGGGGUCGUCGCAGGCGAACAUGAUGUCCAGGUCCGGGACGCGGCCGGGGUAGCGGCGGAUGAGCUGCAGGAUGACCCACUGCGUGAACACGUCCCGGGUCUGGUACGCGCGGUGGUACGUCUCCACGUACGCGCGCCCGCCGACGACCACCAGCCGGAAGUAGGCGUGCGGCCGCGCGCGCUCCACCGCCUCCCGCGUGAUUCCGGAGCCGCGCCACGGCCGGAGGUCGAUGUAGCGGAAGUAGUCCGGGCACGAUGGCGCCGGGCCACCGGCCGGCAGCCGCCGUGCUGGUGUUCCAGUUGCAGGGCAUUUCAGCGGCUGCGGUGUCGUCUCGUUGCCGCAGGUGAAUGGUAUGGGCACGAGGGGCGCCGUAGAGUUGCUGUGGUGCCGCCGACGUUGGCCGGCGCCGAUGCUGACCGUGUUGCCCAGUAGUGACGACUGUUGUUCAUGCAUGCAGGGAAAUCGGAGUAAGCUUUACUAGUAAAGUUGUAACUGUAUUGCACGUGUCCUUAACCUGUCAGCUCAUUCUGAACCUCUUAUAUUCAGCAGAAAAAUUCAGCUUCUUUCAAAAAAAUUCAGGAUGUUAUAUCAAGUAGAGUGGAGUAGGAUUGAAAAAAAUAUGUGAAAUGGCUCUUGGUCGUAAGAAACGCAAAAUUUGCUGCUUUCUUAAUCGGAUGCGGCUAACGUAGGCCGGCCGUAUGGCCACCCCAAUUAGGAAAGGUGCAGGUAUAGAAAUAAUUAUUUUCUAUAUUUAAUACAACAUCUCGAUUAGUACAAAGCUGACCCGACAACAAUUAUAGUAGUAAAAAUAGUAUGUUUCCCGUUAGAUUCAAACCCACGCCACUACCCUCUUGCUUCUGGAGGCUAUGUAUCACCGAUACGCGAUACGGGUACGGCGAUACAGCGAUACGUGAGUUUAAAAAACGACAUAGUGGUAGUAUAGAGAGAGUAUCGGAGUAUCAAAGUAUCGAAGUAUCGGAUACGCAAGUAUCGGAUACGGGUACGGCUGGGUUAGUGAAGUAUCGGUGAUUCAUAGUCAGGUUUUUACCUUUCUAAUACAGGUAAUACAACUCAGCAGUUACAUAUAAGCAAAGUUUUGAAUAACUACAAGCAAAUUACAACAUAUACAAAAGCAGUUUUACCGUUUAAACAUCAGACAAUAAAAACCAGUGCUCAGACCUAAUCCUCUAGAAGCAAAAAGGCUUGGACCGGCUCCAUCAUCAGUUUUGUGUGAGCGUGUUCUAGAAAAUAGCACCAAACAUAUAAAAUUGAAUUAGAUAAUCAGAAAAUAAAAAAUCUUAACUACAAUAAUACAAAAAAAAUGCUAAACCAGAAAUGAAUGUUUGCUGUACCAUCAUAUCAAAGAAUGCUAACACAAGAACACAAAAAAAAGCAUUUUUGCUAGAAGUUAUAGACAUAUUAUAAUGAACUCGCAAGCAAUUUCAAACAUAUGAGCAGGCGAAAACUAAUCAAAACCCACCCAACCUAAUUUCUAGAAAUUUAUAUGCUAGUAACCUAAAUCAACAAGUUACAAUAGGCAAUUUUUUAGAACAUCUUGAGCAAAGUUUCAAAAAACUAUAAGAAAUUAGAACAUGGACCAAAGCAUUUUCAAAAGACCGGAUGUCAUGAAUUGGUUACAUCAACAGUUUGUGUGAGCCUACUCUAAGACCAAGAACAAAUCAGGUAGUAAUUCAGUAGAAGAAGAUGGUAGAUGAUUAGAAAAAACAGACAUAACAAACUCAACUAAAAUGCUUAUGAGUUAAGCAUUUCAGAUGUCCAUUCCAAGUAAUUUAUUGCCUAAUGAAGUAUAUUCAUUUGUAUAAUCCAGAAUCAUAAUAUUUCCUAAUUCCCCCCAUAUUAUUGCCUAACUGAAAACUGUAAUUUCGCGUAGCAAAAUAUAUUGGUUUGCCUAGUCAUAACUAUAAAAUUGUAUAAUCAGAACAAUAUUAUUGCCUAAUGAACUAUAUUGAUUUGAAAAAUUGGGCUAGUUACAUCAGCAUAGCUCUAAGACAAAGACACAACAAAAACGGUGGGCUUGUUACCUGCAGUAAAACAAUUUCACCAAGAUCAAAACACAUUAAUAGAACUACUAUGAUUAGGUUCAACUAUUCAUUAUGCAGAGUUAGUGUUUUGUACAAAUAUUUACUAUAUUUAUUCAGUGAUGAUAUUUUCCAUAUGAAACCUACAAUUGAAUUCCAGCAAACCAAUGGUUAAUCAAUAAACUGUGAUAUUGCCUAAUAAAUAUAAUAUUAUUGCCUACAUCGGAUUACUAAAUUGGUAUUGAAUAAUUAAUAAACUGUUUGACUUCAACUUAAAUGCUGGAAAUGAUAUAUGUGAACACUCAGAUUAUAAGUGGGGCGGGUCGUGCCGCAAACCUGCUGAUUAAACUCGCGCCGCAAACCCGCGUAACCCGCGUCGCAAGCCCACAAAUCAUGAGCGACCUAGGUGGGUCUGCCCGCGCUUCCCAGCGGCGCCGCGAAGCCCGCCACUCACCCUCCCUUGUAGAGACGACUGCUUCACCAGUAGUCUAAUCCCCUCCGUCGUCCGCCGCUCUAUGCUCUGUUAUUCCAAUCGAUGAUUGGGUUAGCAGCCCAACGCACGGUAGAGUUCGAUAUAGUCUGCUUCUCUAGCAGCUCUAUUCAGCUCCCUGUCGCUAGUGAUAGUAAAAUCAAUCAUGCUUAUUUAAUUCAGCAGCAGGAUCUUCCAAUUGUUCUAACAAGCAAGAUCUGAUUUCAG